UAAUGACAACGCUAGCGGUUACUUCUCAAGGAAGUAGGGGGAGUUGAAGUGGAAAGAUGUUUAAUUAACAGCCUUUACAGUUUGUUAAUACGUCUGCGUAUUUAAUGUAACAGUUAAGCAAAGCUCAAGUGGAAAGAAUAGCUAGUAAUUUUACCGAGAUUUUUAAUCCAACUCAAAGUCUCUUCUCUCUCGUCGUAAACGGUGUUCUGUUAUCGCGAGUGAUUAGACGUUUUAUUGGUGUGGUGCAUGUGCGUUUAUUAACGUUCAUUUAAUGCUGCUUGAACUGCUUCUGAGGCCAAUAGGUGUCAUUACUUAUAGCGGUUCGUUUCUCACACUCUCUUAAAGGAGCAUUGGAUUUCUAGCGCGUAAGAUCAUGAAUUCCGGUCCGACAGUGAAGUGCAUGAGUGAUGGAGCUGGGAGUGUAGGCAGAUGCGUCGAGGAUGAAGCGGUUCCAAACAGACCUGCUUGCGGAGACUCACUGAUGGCGGCCGAGGAGAGACACGCGAGAUCCGCCAGUCCCCGCGGUGUGAACGGAGAAGAUGAUUCCGAAGCGGAGUCCCAUCAGGACGGUCGUAACGUGGAUGUGGACCGGGAGACUAGGAAGAGGGCGUUCAGCUGGUGCCGUGACUUUCUGUCCGGAUCAUGGAAGGCUAUAUCGGAGCAUGACUUUCAGAUCCAAAUAGUCAGUGGAGGACUCAGUAACCUGCUGUACAUGUGCAGUUUACCCGAUGAUGUUCAGCCCACCGGGGUCGAACCUCCACGAGUUCUGCUCCGGAUCUAUGGGGCCAUUCUACAGGGAGUGGAUUCUCUGGUUUUGGAAAGUGUGAUGUUUGCCAUUUUAGCAGAGAGAGAGUUGGGCCCACAUCUCUAUGGCAUUUUCCCAGAAGGUCGUCUAGAGCAGUACUUGCCUAGUAAUCGCUUGUGUACGGAGCAGUUGGGGUUGCCAGAGAUCUCGGCUGAAAUAGCCAGUAAAAUGGCACGAUUCCAUGGGAUGAUGAUGCCAUUCAACAAGGAACCCAAAUGGCUGUUUGCAACCAUUGACCGGUAUAUGGAACAAGUUAAAACAAUAAAAUUUGAGCGUGAAGCUCACAUCAAGAAAUUUACCAAGCUUAGGAAGUAUGAUCUUCCUGCAGAACUGGAGAAUCUGAGGUCACUGCUGGCAGCUACUCCCUCUCCAGUUGUGUUCUGCCAUAAUGACGUACAGGAAGGCAAUAUCCUCAUGUUAGAUGGCCGAGAGAAUUCAUCUGACAAACUAAUGCUUAUUGAUUUUGAAUACAGCAGCUAUAACUAUAGAGGCUUUGAUUUUGGGAAUCAUUUCUGUGAAUGGAUAUAUGACUACACAUAUGAUCAGUGGCCCUUCUACAAGGCAAAGGUGGAGAAUUACCCCAACAGACAACAGCAGUUACAUUUUAUCAGACACUAUCUGUCAGAAAAGGGGGGCGUUGCACCUGCUGACCAAGCCAGGAUAGAAGAGGACAUGAUCAUUGAGGCAAACCGGUUCGCCCUCGCGUCUCAUUUCCUCUGGGGUUUGUGGUCCAUUAUUCAAGCCAAGAUCUCCAAAAUCGAGUUUGGAUAUAUGGACUAUGCACAGCACAGGUUUGACACGUACUUCAAACAGAAGAAGCUCUUUUCCUAAAUAGUGACUUAUAGCAUUUGCUUCAGGAUAUCAUUUUGCAUCAUCUAUUGUUUAGGUAUUGAUUUAAACAAAACUAAAACUAAAAAAAAAUAGAAUUCCAGAAAGGGCACAGUAAGUAACAAUUAAGACUGCUAAAGAACGGUUCGUCCUUGGGGACAUUCAUUUUAAAUAACGCAAAUUCCAAAGAUGACCUGCCUUAAAGUCACAUUUUGUAGGGCUUUAUUAUAGCUGUUACAAAUUAUCUGCAAACCUAGAUACAAUUCACGUACUGUUCGUACCACUUCAUUAUACAAGACGAACCGUAAAAUUCAUUUUGUCAGUUUAUUUAUAAUAAUGUAACUGCAUUUUUGAAUUUUUAAUGUGUUUACAUUCUAACUUGCUUGUGAUUCUAUCAAGAAUCAGUCUGUCCAUCAUAAUUACUGUGUAAACACAGGGUCCAGUGAUAUCUCUUCAUUUUUGUGUCUUAGUUCCAACAAAAGCAGCGGAGAAGCUUAUUUAAUUUUCCUCCAAAGUGUUUUACAACAUUGCGAAAUUAUUGCAUCCUUCCUAUAUUUACAUACUGUGAAAUACAUUGCACGUCUUUUCUUUUUUUUUACUCAGGAGUCAGUUAAUAAGAAUGGCACAUAAACUACUCUUUCUUUCUGGUUUUGAUGCCAUUUAACUUUGCCUGGUGAUAAUAGGAAACAAUGUCUUGAGCUAUGCUUUUUUGUGUUUUACUUGGGAUUUGACCAGUCUUUGCUCUGCCAUAUUGUGAUGUAGCAAUAACUAUUGUCUACAGUCAUCCUGUAUAAAUAUAGUCUGAGCUGCACAUAAAGGAAAUACCACCUCAAGAACCGAAGGUUAAUCA